CGCCCAGCCUCCGCCUUCCAGCGCUACGUGGCCGGAGACAGAGAGCGAGACGGCGCUGCGGCUGCGGGGCUCCAGGCGCCUUUCCGAGCUCUUACCGGGGACACUCUGCUGAACCUGCUCCCCAUUCCCUAGUUGCAUUGGACCAUCCACCCCUUUAUCGAUGCUGAGCGUAGGCGAUGGAGCAAACCAACAGCCCGACACAACUGUACUGAGACCAGACAGCGCCUGGAGACCUCCAUGGUGAUAAACGAGACCUGGGUAUGCAGUGUGGAGUUAAAGCUUGGAUGGAUGUCAACAGUUCAGCAGCCAAGACAGAUAAGCCUUUGAGAGGUUCUGGCAGGGGCUAGGCCCAAGACCAGAGAGUGGAAACUUGUGAGUUGGAGAACUCCCAGCUUAAAGUGCAGAACCCAGCAAGUACCACAGGCCCAAUGGAGCUGAACAGACAAAGCAUGGAGACAAAAGCAGAGGAUGGACAGGAGACGAGAAAGUCCGAGCUCAAAACUGCGCCGGAAGAAAAGGAGGCAUCGACGACGGAGGUGCUGCAAAGCACACCGCUGGAUAUCAUUGACAUUGGGAAAGGUUUGAAGAUGCAGUCGGAGAAACCCCACUUAGUGAGUCUGGGUCGUGGCCGCCUGAGCAUUGCUAUUACACUGCUGCCAAUAAAUGAGGGUACAACUAGAAUCGGCACUGAAGACGCCCCCGUACCUCAGGAUAUUAUAUUACAAGGAGAGGACGUAGCAGCUGAACACUGCUACAUUGAAAACCAAAAGGGGAUGAUCAAGCUGUACCCGUGUGGAAACUGCUGCACGAUGGAUGGACUUCCAGUAAAAGAACCCACUCAACUAACACAGGGUUGCAUUCUGUGCUUGGGUCAGUCAAAUUACUUUCGGUUCAACCAUCCCAUAGAAGCCAGACGAAUCAAGAACAUGAAGCCCGACAAUGAGAUCUUAAUCUCCUCACCCAACUUCAUUCCAGAUUUUCCCAGUGCCAGAGAUCGCCAGGCGUUGACGCGGAGCCCGCUCUCCAGACAGUUGGGAUUUGAACGCGGUUGCCGUGGUAGCGGGGAGGACGACGACGCCCCUCACGAGGCGCUGGGACUGACGACGUUGACCCGCGCCGAGGGCCAGGCCAGGAGCUCCUCGGACGAGCUAGCGGCUGACGGGAGGCGAUUCACGACCAGGACUACCACCACCACCACCAGCCGCCUCGCCAUGCCGCCACUUUACCCGCCGUAUUCACCCCCUUCGGCGGACUGGCAGGCCGGCGGCGCCUUCCAACGGUUUUUCCCCUCCCGGUCGCCGGUGAACUCGGCCGGUUCCCCCCCUCCCCCGCACAGCCCCCCAUCACCGACGGUUUGCUCCGUUUACUCUGAAGCCUACCGGGGAGGAGUGGGGUCGAGGAGGAGGAGGCCGCCGGAGCUGUGGAACGGAUCGAGGUCUCCCGGCUUGGGUUACGGGGAAGGCCUCUCCCGGGGGGCCGCGUGGGACGACUCGACACUAUCGGCGGGAAGCGCCCGGUAUGGCGCCGGGCUCCUCCGUGCCGUCGCCGACCGUGGGAAGGAGUCAGCCAGCGUGCCUUCGAGCCCCCGGCUGGCCCGGAGGCUCUACCUGCACUGCAGCCCCGUCGAUUCCUACGGCCCCGGUCGGGAGAGGAUGGUCGUCGGCGAUGGGGUUCUCGGGUACAGCACCCGGGCGAGGGAGAGCUCCGGGACUUCCCUUCGGCUCACGGGGGCGCACAGCCGCUCCCUGCCCAAGCUGCACAGGGCAGGGGACUGCCAACUGACCCCCUUCACAUCCAUCCAGCAGGCCGAGUGGCUUCAGGCAAGGAGCGCCGCUGAUGAAUCCAGGGAAUUGGCUCCAAGGUAUUUCCCUCUGCCCAUGAAGGAAUCCUUUUAUUCCCACCCCGGCCAAGCCAGUAUUGCCACCGAAGGACUCGAGGAGCACCGCGUCUCGGGGAGCCCGAGGGUGGCUCAGAGGAUCGCCCUGGCUUCGCCCAAUUCCCCCCGGGGCCGAGCGGCAGACAGUCCCUUCGACAGCCCCGGGAGGAAGGAGCUCCAGAAUGGAGGGGGUGCCUUCCCCAUCGAGAGCCUCGACCAGACAUUCAGGGGCUGGGGCAGCGUGCUAGAGGGCGACGCGGGGAAGCCAGCGGUCUCAGCCGCCGGCCCGCGAUCAGCAUCGCCCCCCGCCUUCCGCCGCCGCACCAACAGCAUCAGCUCGAUCGGGGGCAACGAGGAGGAGCUCCUGGAUUAUCACCAGCAGCAGAAGGAGGAGAGGCUCCGGGAACAGGAAAUGGAACGCUUGCCUGUCUCAGCCUCUCUAUUGUUCUGCUCAGCCUCUCUUUCUGAAGCACAGUGUGGUGGGGUUUCUAGGGAAGAGAAGGAAUUGGCUGAGAGGAACGUGAAAGAGAGAAUUACCCAAUUGGAGGAAGAAUGUGUGUGCAUCUUGAAUAAUGUGGAAGAAAUUAACAGGAAGAUCAAAGAGCUAGACAAUCAGAUGGAGGAGUCCUCACAAGAGAUGGAGAUGGAGCGUGCCUUGUUAGAAGGGGAGAGGAACUCUGAGAUUUCACACGUCCAAUAUGAGAAAGAUGUUUUGGAGCAGCUACAGAAGAAGAUAACUGACCUGGAGACCAGUGUCACAUCCGAGAAGGUGAAGGAGAAAACACAUUUGAAAACUGAGAGAGAGGGAGUAGAGAGGCUGCGAGAGGUUUACUCUGAGUUGAAGAAAAAGCUUGAUAACUGCCCAGAGUCCAAGAGAGAAUGCUUACAGGAACAGUUGGAAAGGGACGGUGAGCAGUUGGAUUCGGAGGUAAAACGAUACGAUGAUUUAGAGUUUCAGCAACUGGAACAAGAGAGCCGGCUAGAAGAAGAGAAGGAGAAUCUGUCCAAACAGCUCCUGGGUGAAAUGGCCGAGUAUCAACAGAGCAUUGCAACGCGGGAGAAAAGGAUCGCAUCACUUGGAAGUCAGGCGGGGCAGAUUGUGCAACAAGCUGAGCUGGAGCGUCAACAUUUUGCAAAGGAGAAGAACAGUUUACUUGCUAUGUUGCAGAGAGAGAAAGAGAACCUGAUGAAUAUCGAGAAGAUGUAUUACGACAGUACAGGAGGGGCAGGCCUCCCUAUUAAUCCGAAUACAUUUAAGGAGAACUGCCGGACUCUGGAGGACAGGAGGAAACUGCAAAAAGAAGGUUUAUACCUCAGUGAUACAGUGCCAAGGAAAAAAAUCAGCUCGACCGCUGCAUCUAAGUACAAUAGUUCAACUCUGGGCCACAAUUCAACCCCUAAGUCUCAUUCACCGCUGGUUCAGAGUAACAGCUGCAGCAACAUUCUACCUCACAACCUGACAACAGCUGUCAAGGAUUUUGAUAUUAGGAGGGCACAAGGGCACAAAGGGAAAACAAGAAAAGGUAUGAAAUUUGAUUUGUCUCUUGGUUUUCUUUGCAUUUGCCACUGCUGGGGCUGUAAGUUGGCACACCCUUACUCUUCCGCAAUUUACUUUUUAAUGUUUACUCCUUCAUGGGAUGAGCGAGAAAUGGAAGCCAAGAAACAAGCCCUAGAGGAGGAGAGGAGUCGUAGGGAACAGCUGGAGAGGAGGCUACAGGAGGAGACAGAACGCAGGCAACAGCUCAUCGAGAAGGAAGUUAAAAUGCGAGAGAAACAGCGAUCACAGGCCCGACCUCUGACGCGCUACCUCCCAGUCAGAAAGGAAGACUUUGACCUGCGAACCCACAUCGAAGCAGCCGGGCACAAUGUGGAGACCUGCUACCAUGUGUCCCUCACAGAGAAGACAUGUAGAGGCUUCUUGAUCAAAAUGGGCGGCAAAAUUAAAACCUGGAAGAAACGUUGGUUUGUUUUUGAUCGUAACAAGCGGACUCUGUCUUAUUAUGCAGAUAAACACGAAACCAAAUUGAAAGGAGUGAUAUACUUUCAGGCAAUCGAGGAGGUCUAUUAUGACCAUUUGAAGAGUGCGCACAAGAGUCCCAACCCCCUGCUUACCUUCAGUGUGAAGACAAGAGACCGAAUCUUCUACAUGGUAGCACCGUCGCCUGAGACCAUGAGAAUUUGGAUGGAUGUCAUUGUGACGGGGGCUGAAGGUUAUACUCAGUUCAUGGUUUAGGGAGAACUUCAUAUCAUUGUAACCUCAUUUUGCAUGCAAAGUUUAUAUGUGUUUAUAUAUAUCUGUAUGAAAUGAGACUCACUCUACAAACCACUGCCAUGGCUUUAUCUAUGUUAUCUUGAAGGUUUUGACAAUUAUAUGUUUUAAUCAUUAAACUAACAAAUUAUUUUACUGAAAUUGCUGUAAGUUUCUGCCUAACGCAGAUCCACUGCAGCUGUUGGCAAAUUUGUGUAUGUCUCAGUGCCAAGUAUACAUGCCCAGGUGUGUGUCUCAGUGCUAGGUAUUUGUGCUCAGGUGUGUUUUGGUGCCAGGUGUAUGUACCCAGGUAUGUGAUCAUGCCUUCUGAAUAAUGUCCCAGGGCUAUGAGUGCCCUUUACUAGGCCCAAAAGAUGGUGAUCCUACUUUAAAGUGGUCCAAAAGUAUUCAAAGGACAUUCUUGUAUUUUUGAUACAGUAUUAAAAUGGUUAGCUGGUCUACGUUAUACAGAAUAAGAUCAUGUUUAUAUAUUUCGAUUCAUAAUCUCUGCUUGCCAGGUAAGCCUUUCCUCUCCCCAAUCAGACCCCAGGCCCCUGAGUAAACUGGGUCCCUGCCAAAAGUACACAGGCCCUUCAAGCGAAAUUCCAGGGUCUAAAAUGAACAAGGAUCUCUGCUAGAACUGCACCACCGGAUGUUGUGUCCAUUCAGGAAGCACACACUUUGUUUCCCCAAUAAUAAUUUCAUUUAAAAAUAAAAAGAUUGAUAUUGGUGCUUUUAGAGUCAGAUGAUGAAAGUAAUCUUCUAGAUUGCCCACCAGCAGUGACAUUGUAAUCUCUGGUAGGUGCUGAUCUUUCUCUUGGCCUGAGAAUACUGGUGCUACUACCUUGAGAUGAAUUCCUCUGAAAAAGGCGAGUGUACCAGGGGAAGAGGCUGUUACAAGCACUAAGGUCAGUUACAGAGUAGAGAGCUCAGAGGCUUUGUAAAUCCAGCAGGUUUAAACAUAGAGCUAUCAAAGUCUGAUGGUGGGAAACCCACUUUUCAGCCAAAACUUGUAAAAUUGCCAAAGGUUAAUGACACAAGAACCCCCUGUAUAAUCAUAAUCAGCUUAGUGUGGCUGCUGUUAAUGGAUCAGUCAGUUUAUCAGCUGUCUUUCUAUGUGCAUAUAUGUUCAAUAUUUAUUCAGUAUUAUUUUAAUAGUAUAUGUAAGGAUUACAAAUAUGUACGGAAUUUUAUAUGCUACAGUUUGGAUUAUUUUCCUAUUUAAAAUGUAUUUGAUAUAAAAUGACAUCUUGCAAGGAAUCUAUAAGUUUGAAUAAAAAAUGAAUACCUCCUUCUGA